AUGCAGUACGUACGCUCCAUCACCGGCUCCGUCUCCAAGGGCUGGAACAGCAUCAACCCAGCCACCCUCUCCGGUGCCAUCGACGUGAUUGUCGUUGAGCAAGAAGACGGGUCGCUGGCAUGCUCUCCCUUCCACAUUCGCUUCGGCAAGUUCAGCUUGCUACGGCCCUACGAGAAGAAGGUGGAGUUCAAGGUCAAUGGCGAGAAGCAGGACUACCCCAUGAAGCUGGGUGAGGGAGGAGAGGCUUUCUUCGUCUUUGAGACUUUGCAGAGCGUGCCCACAGAGUUCCAGACGAGUCCAGUCGUCUCGCCUGCUGCGAGUCCCGAACUGAAGCCCAGUCGACCCUCGACUCCUACGCUGCAGGAGCCAGACCCCUUCUCCCUCAACGAUCGAAGCGAGACGCCCACCGAAGAUACCUUGAGACAACCUCCGCGGGGACACAGCAGGAGUACAACAGAGGGGAUGCCUAUACCUUCCUUCUCGCGUAGAGCGCAGAGCGACAUGGGCCAGCUCACUCCGCUGUCGAGCUCACCAAACGAGCCGGUCAAACGACAGCCUUCGGGCAGCUUUUCGGGCAUCGAGAAUCCUCAUCUACCGAAGCUCGAUAGAUCGGAAUCGGACACUGCUAUCAUAGCUGCGAAGGCGGCAAUGAAAAGCGCAAUGGAUCACAGUCAGCUUCUCCCGUCUGCCAUGUCCGACUUGGACGGAUCGCCCCUACGGACCGAUCUGGCCAGAUCGAACAGCGACCUUUCCGUCGAUCAACAAGAGGCGAAGCAGCGUGCAAUGAACUUGUCAAAGAAAUUAUGGACAUCGAACAUCAGCAAUCAGGUGACGGAGUCCGGCGACCUGAUGCUGGACAUGGCAGGCUUUAAAGGCGGUAACAUGGAAGCACUACAGGCAGAAGGCAUUGCACGACAACUUUUGUCGGAAGAGGUUGAUGGUCCCUAUGAUAUUGGUGCGCUCAUCGGAGCUGACGAGAUGGGCAACAUCUGGAUCUACGGCAGCGAAGAGGCCAAAGAAGCUGCCAACAAGAGAGCCGCAGCUGCGACCGCACUUGGUGGCUUCAAUCCGGCGGCAUAUGCUUCCACGGAUGCCAUCUCGGAUCCUGGGUAUCAUAGCGAUGAUGCUCGCAGUGACGGCAAGUCAGCAGACUACACUGGCACGCACAUCAGGAGAGACUCCGAUAGCGCGGUCGGGAUGCCAUCACAGCCGAGCUCUCCCGUUGCUGGCGAUCCUAACAAGAACUAUGCCAAGACGUUGCGAUUGACUUCCGAUCAACUCAAGUCAAUGAACCUCGAAUCAGGUGCCAAUAACAUGGCUUUCACCGUGAACAGAUCCACCUGUACUGCUACAUUGUGGUAUUGGAAGCAUGAUGUACCCAUUGUCAUCAGCGAUAUCGAUGGCACAAUUACCAAGUCGGAUGUGCUUGGGCAUGUGAUGACUACCAUUGGUAGAGACUGGACCCAUCAAGGCGUUGCUAAGCUGUACACCGAGAUUGCGUCCAAUGGAUAUAACUUUCUGUAUCUGACGAGCCGAAGUGUUGGGCAAGCCGAUAUGACGCGGGGCUAUCUGAAAGGCGUGGUCCAGGAGGGAUACAAGCUGCCACCUGGGCCUGUCAUUCUCAGUCCAGACCGCAUGAUAGCAGCGCUUCGUCGUGAGGUGUACUUGAGAAAGCCGGAGAUAUUCAAAAUGGCCUGCUUGCGGGACAUAAUGGCGUUGUUUGCAGGCCAUGGCGGCUCGAAUAACACUCACGAAUCCGUCGAGGCCGGUCUCAAGCCAAACCCAGAUCUUCAAAAUCUAGGUACCGGCAAGGGCAAAUCAGGCAGCCCGUUCUAUGCUGGUUUCGGCAACCGUCUCACAGAUGCGUUGAGCUACCGAUCAGUCAACAUACCCAGUACGAGGAUCUUCACCAUCAACAGUAACUCUGAGGUGUCACUAGAUCUGCUAAGUCUCAACAACUACAAAACAGCUUACAGCACCAUGCGUGAGAUUGUUGACCACUACUUCCCACCUGUGGGACUACUGGUCAAGGGCGGCGGUGAAGAGUUCACAGACUUCAACUACUGGCGAGACAAGCCGCUCGACAUCAUCGACUUCACAGACAGUGAAGAUGAAGGGGACGAACCGCUUGUCAAUGCCCUCGCCAGAGUCGGUACCGCUGGCACUCAUGGCAGCGUCUUGAGUGAGGACGAGGCAGGAGACAUGGCUGACAGCUAUCUCUCCGACCCGCGGGCCAGUCUCGAUCAGUCGAUCGCGGAAACGCUCGACGACGACGAGAUGACACAGCCAAUGCUCGACAAUGAAGAGCUGGAAGGUGACGAUGAAGAAGAAUUCGACGAGGAAGAGGAUGAGAGUGAGCCGGAUUUCGAGCUAGAACUGGAAGACUCGCGCGGCGGAGCCCAGUCGCCUGCGCAGAAGGCUAGCCAACCUUCAACACCAGAUAUGUCGUCCACGCCGGAUGCUGGACGGACACCACGGCAAGCGAGAGCGAAUCGAGAGGACCAGCCGAAUCGAGUCGCGGAUAGAGGUACAGGGUUGGGUCUGUCAACCUUGGACCAGAAGUCACCGAGGAAGAGGUAG